GCUACCAGGAAACAACAAAUGGGCUGUUCUCAUGUUAGUAAAACUGGUAAAUCAGGUUAAGUAAGCUGUGGCUUACAGUGGCUGAACUUAAGUACCGAGAUCUGUAAGAACAGAAAAUACACAACAUCUUCAUUUUGAAACACAGGGAUUAUUUUGUAGAUAGAAUGCUCUUUCUUGUGUAUCUGUGGUCAUGUGUUACAGUCACUGAAGCAGGUUCUCACUCACUGAUGGCUUUGGCGACAUACAUAGAUGGACAGACACCAUUUCCAGAGUUCAGUGUUGUAAUGAUGCUGGAUGAUCUGCAAAUAAUAUAUUAUGACUCAAACACAUGGAAAACUGUCCAUCGCUCUCACUGUGAUUCAAAAUACUAUGAUGAGGAGCAAAGUGAUGCUGAUAUUGUAUUUCGUGAUGUGUAUAAUGAAAUGAAAUAUCGGGUCUUUUAUCUAAAGGAGCACCUAAAUCAAACAGAUGGUGUACAUGUUCAUCAGAAAAAUUUUGGUUGUGAAUUGCUGAAAGAUGAUAAACCAGGUCUACUUCAUUCCUGGGAUGCUUUUGAUGGGCAAAAUAUAGAGAGGUACACCUUUGACAUAGAAAAAAAUGACAUCCAGCUGAAAAUGCCAUGGAUGAUAACAUGGGACCAAAUAGCAUGGCUUCAUGAAAAGUUUCUGCAUGAAAAUGUUUAUCAUCCUAUUUGCAUUAAAGUUUUGCGGAGGUACCUAUAUAUGGAAAAAAACAAUGUAAUGAGAAAAGUGAAACCCAGAGUCAGACUCAUGAAGAAGACACUCCCAGACUCUCAAGGGCUUCAGAUCAGCUGUCUGGCCACUGGUUUUUACCCCCGUCACAUUAACCUGACUCUGUUCAGAGAUGAUCAGCCUGUGGAUGAUGAUCAGAUCACAGGAGGAGAGAUUCUGCCCAACGGAGACGGAACUUACCAGAUGAGGAAGAGUUUGAUCAGCGCAGAAGAACAACGUGAAGGACACAAAUACAACUGUACAAUGAAGCACCUCAGUCUGGACAACAAACUGGACAUUACGUUUGAUGUGGCCGAAUCAGACCCAGGAUCCUUCAGUCUGUCUGUAGUUAUCAGUGUGCUGGUGUUAAUGUGUGUGGCUGUUCUCAUCAUAAUUGCACUCAUCAUAUGGAGGAAGAGACGUGCUGCUGGACGAGGCUCUGGGAUGUCACAGAGUAAAUACACUCCAACUCCAUCAUCCGUGAAUGAUGAAAAGUGAGUUUAUAUGUCCCCCCCCCCCAGAUGUACAGUUUACAAUAUACAAAAUGUGUGGCUUAAAAGCAUAAUGCUGUUUAAGAAUAUUAUCUCCUGCUGUAAAGUGUUUUAUCUUGCUGGUCCAAUGUGAUAUUUUUAUUAUUCUGUCAAUACAACUCUCUGCAUAUUUGUAUGGUAAUUGAGAUUGGCAUGGUAAUGGAUAUGACAAUGUUAAUAUAUUUGGUCUUGGCGGAAUAGAUCUGCUACGCUGCUGCUGCAGGGCAAGUACCAAGAUUUGCUACUGCCAAUACAUUCACAGACAUUGGUGUGAGCAUGUAAGACAUGCUGCUGCUGCACACGUAACAUACAUGAAUUAACCCCCGUAGCAGAUCUAUAUAGGUGCAGCUGGGGAGGAGGAGGGUUCUGAAAGCACGCUGCAGACUGCUAACAGCCAUCAAUGCCAACUAUUUGAAUGUUUAAGCAGCAAGCUCAUUGGCCGCUGAUGCAACAGCAACCAGUCAGCUGUGCUGUGUGGAUAAUGAUGUGAUCACUACCAAAUGAGUUAAAGCCAUCUGCCUGCAUCGUCAGAGUUUCUUGCCAGAACUAUGUAAUUUUUACUCUGCUGUUCUGUACUCUAAAUUCAGAACAAGUUUUAGAAAAUUUUAUUAUUUUAUUGGAGAAUAACAUUGCAUUUUGUUGCAUGUGACAAAGACCACUUGAAAGAUGUGUAUUUGAUGUAAUCAUUGAACAAAAGGGCAUUUUGAUUAAAUAUAU